AUGAGCCACCAACCUAGUAGGAGUAGUAGCACUGGUUCUGCAUCUGCUGCAAGUAUUAAUGCCGAACAAGGUGAUGUGGAUGAUAAAGCUCCUUUGUGGAUUUAUGCAAAUAAGAUUGAAAAGAUGCAUGGGGGAGGAUCUUGGAGGUUACAGUGUAAGUUUUGCGAAAAAUCAUUUGUUGGAUCUCACAAUAGAGUGGCUACACAUUUGCUAAAGGAUGGUGGAAAAGAUAUUAAACAUUGCUUGAAGGUCACUCCUCAACAACAUCCUAAUAUGAGCAAGUUACUAAAUGAUUACAAACAGAGAGUCAAAAAUGCAGCCCCUAGACCAGUUCCAUUGCCUUCAUCAUCGAGGAAUGCAUCAACUUCUUCACUUGAUUAUGAUAUGAGUUAUCAUUCUAGUAUUCUAACAUCAAGUGCAGCGGAGUCAAAGAAGAGGAGGGGAAUGGGUACAGCUUUGGAGAAAGCAUUUCAAAAUAACUCUAGGGAGCAAUGUAAUGGUGAAGUAGCAAGAAUGUUUUACAUAGGUGGUUUGUCUUUCAACCUUGCAAGAAAUCCUCAUUAUCGCUUGUCGUAUGUGCGUGCUUCUAGCCUUCCAGGAUAUGUUCCACCUGGUUACAAUGCAUUGAGGACUACACUUCUUCAAAAGGAAAGGAAGAACCUUGAGCUUCAUUUACAACCGAUCAAAGACUCAUGGAAUGUUAAAGGGGUGAGUAUAUGUAGUGAUGGUUGGUCUGAUCCGCAAAGAAGACCCAUCAUUAACUUGAUUGCUGCAAAUGCAAAUGGUCCGAUGAUGUUGAGGGCAGUAAAUACUCAAGGUGAAAUAAAAACUGGGGAUAUGAUUGCUGAUUUGAUUAUAGAAUGCAUAAAGGAGGUUGGUCAUGAAAAUAUUGUUCAAAUAGUCACCGAUAAUGCUGCGAAUUGUGUGAAAGCCGGUGCAAUUAUUUCAUCCAAGUAUCCUUCUAUCUUCUGGACACCAUGUGUAGUGCGUACCUUGAACCUUGCUGUGAAUAAUAUAUGUGCACCUUCGCUGCAAACAAGAAACAAUGACGAUGUGUAUGAUGCUUGUAAAUGGAUAUGGCCUCUUGCAGAUGAUGUUUCUUUCAUCAAAAACUUCAUAAUGAACCAUGGGAUGAGGUUGGUGAUGUUUACUGAGCAUAGUGAUCUUAAGCUCCUUACAAUUGCUUCAACCAGGUUUGCCUCCACACUUGUGAUGUUUAAGAGAUUUAAGAAAAUAAAGGCUGGUUUGCAACAUAUGGUAAUCAGUAAUAAAUGGGAUGAUUACAAGGAAGAUGAUGUGAGGAAGGCUGCUGCAGUAAAAUAG